UAUGACAGUGUGUGCCCGGUCGCCAAGGUGAGCUGUGCGUGAAAUAAGAAGCAAAGAAAGAGAUCCGGGCGACCGGCCGUGUCCUGGAUACCAACAUGGGACCCAAAUAUGCCAUAAAGGCUCUUAUCCUUGCAAGUAUCUUGUCAGUAGGCUUUGCAACCUUCGGACAUGAGCAUGUACAUAUAAAGAUACACUUGCCAGAAAUAGUGCAGCAUCACGAGAAGAAAGUUAUAAAAUACGAAGAUCACGGCGGAGGUGAUCACGGAGGUGGAGGUGGCGGCGGCGGUCAUGAUCAUCACAUCGACAUCAGCGGUCCUGGGGAUGACAUAGGAGGCGGUUUCGGAGAUGACCACGGCGGAGGUUUCGGUGGAGGUCACGGAGGAGGCUAUGGAGGUGGCGGUGGAUUCGGGGGUGGCUUCGGAGGAGGUCACGGUGGAGGUUUCGGUGGAGGUCACGGUGGAGGUUUCGGAGGUGGCCAUGGCGGAGGUGGAGGUAUUAUCAUAGACCACGGCGGCGGCCACGGCGGCGGAGGUGGUUAUGGCGGCGGGGGUGGUUAUGGCGGCGGAGGUGGCUAUGGGGGUGGUCAUGGCGGUGGUGGCGGCGGUAUAAUUAUAGAACAUGAUGGACAUGGCGGCGGCGGCGGACACGGAGGCGGUGGUUUUGACAGUGGACAUGGAGGUGGUGGAUAUGGCGGCGGCAGUGGGGGUGGUAUUAUUAUAGAACAUGGAGGACAUGGUGGUAGUGGUGGUUUUGAUAGUGGAGGCGGUGGUCAUGGAGGCGGCGGUUAUGGAGGCGGUGGUCAUGGAGGCGGCGGUCAUGGAGGCGGCGGUAUUAUCAUUGAACAUCAUGGGCAUGGCGGUGGUGGCGGCGGCGGUGGUUUUGGAGGUGGCCAUGGCGGCGGAUUUGGAGGAAGUAGCGGAUAUGGCGGCGGACAUGGUGGCGGUUUUGGAGGUGGUCAUGGCGGCGGAUUUGGCGGAAGUAGCGGAUAUGGCGGCGGACAUGGAGGCGGCUUUGGAGGUGGACAUGGUGACAGUUUUGGAGGCGGCCAUGGUGGCGGAUUUAGCGGAGGAUAUAGCAGUGGACAUGAUGGCGGUUUUGGAGGCGGUCAUGGAGGCGGAUAUGGAGGUGGUGGAUUUGGCGAUUUUGGCGGUGGAUUUGGGGGCGGACAUAGCGGUGGCGAUGAUCAUCAUAUUAGCUCCAGCAGUUAUGGCAACAGUAUAUCGUCUGGUUUUGGUAGCAGCGGCCAUGGCGGAAGCAGUUAUAGUUCUGGUAGUAGCUUUGAUUCGUAUUCAAGUGGUCAUGGCGGCGGCGGCGGCGGCGGCGGCGGCGGCGGCGGCGGCGGCGGCGAUAGUUACAGUGGAGGCCAUGGUGGUGGUGGAUUUUCCGGUUAUCACAAGAAAAAAUAGGAGUGAUCGCGCUGUGAUUAAUAUGUUGUGCAAAGCAUGCAUUAGAAAUAUCUAAUAGCCUUAUUCAUAUCUAUUUUAAUUGAUCGGUAUAAAAUAUCGGUAGCGAAUAAUAAUAAUCAUAGUAUCAUUACUUUGAUUAUGAUGUAACAAUCAAGAAAUUAUGACGUACGAUAAUGAGUGAAUGUUUUCUUAUAGUUUCUACGAAAUGAACGGUCAAUCGACUAAAACUUGUUUUCACUGACGGAGUCAUUUUAUGCUAAAAAUGAUUUAAAAUUUUAUUAUUUUUGAAUUUAUAGAAUUGCAAAUUUUUUUUAUAAAUUUUCUUUGUAUUUCUAUUGAAUUUUCAGAUAUUAUUCAAAUAUUUCUUAAUCUCAUCUUUGACAGAUAGUAUACCGAUGACAGAAUAUAAUACAACAAUUUCAAAUACAACAAUUUUACUAAUUUUGCAAAAGAUUUGUACACGACAGACGAAAUGACAACAAAAUAAUCGUAAUUCAAUGAUGAUAAAAAAACUGACGUACGCCUAUGACUGAAAUUUAUAUUUUUCCAAAGUUAUGAAAUAUGAAAAAGUACAGAUUAUCAGAAAUAGCUUUCUUAAACAUCGAGACAAAAUUAAUAAAAAAAUUUAUUUGAAGUUUUGAGAUAUUUUAUAUAAAUUUCUCAAUUACAUUAAAAGGACAGAAAAACUUGACACAUACAUAACUGAUACAUUUGACGUUAUGUAGACAAUUUUUUUCUUUAUUGUCUAUGGAAGAAAUUAAAGCAGUAAACUACUACUUUUCAAGUUGACAUUCAUAUUGAUUUAACUUGACUAAUUUACGACAAUGACAGAUUUAUGACAUUUCACGAGAAACAAUUACAGACGUAAACAUUUUAUUUAAACAUGAUUUAAAUAUUUGAACUAAUUUACGUCAUAUUACAUGUCUUAUAUUACGAAUUUUAUUAUAAUCGAAAUUAUCGAUUUUAUUGUUGAUGACAAUUUCGAAAAUAACAUCAAAAUAUAAGGAAUAUUAAUAAUUUAAAUUCAAGUUAUCUCUAAAAAAGAUUAGAAAGCAUUUAAACCAUAUUUUGUGAUAAAAGCUAUCAAACGUAUACAACUCAUGAACACACAUGAACGUAUAUAACUCCAUAACUCUUUACUACACAACCAUGUUUAAAUAUUUCUAUACCUCAGUUAAACCCGGCACGCAUCUCAAUUUUAGAUCUUCACUCAUGUGCCUCGUUCAGCACCUUGGCGGUUAGUAUCACAUGUAAAUCGCAAUUGCGAUUCAUCGACUUAAGUGCAUACUUAAAGCAACAUAUUGUGUUUGUACAUAUAAUACAUUUUGUAAAUAGAACAUUUUUUGUGUGUUAUAUUGUUAUAUUUUUAAUAAAGUUUUUUAUAUGUUUUUAA